AUGGAUGAACUCAACUAUUUCAUCGACGCUUCACUCUUACAACCCACAGACUUCGACAUCGCCGUGCUCAUUGCCUCCUACUACAACCUCGACAUCAUCGAUUACAAGGACAAGGCAUACCCUGAUAUUGUGAUGAACAAUACCCUUAUCAAGUAUGUAGGGAAUCGCAUAUGGUAUGUCUAUAUGGACAGCAUCAAUCGUUGGAUUGAGACAACCGAGAGCAUCCUCUCAAACAACAUCUCGACCGUCAUUGUUAGUCUCUACGGCAACAGGAAGAAGCACUAUGUUGCGAAGAUGAGGAACGAGAAGGAUGAUUUAAUGAAGGAACGAUAUACCAAGAUGUCCGCACAGUGUGAUAAUAUCAUUACACUGUUGAAGCAGAGCGGCAAGAAGGACAACUAUAUCAAGGAAGUUAAAUAUCUCCUAUGCGACAACUACUUUAUCGAGAAACUAGACACAAAGGAGCACCUCUUAGGAUUCAAGAACGGUGUCUAUGACUUCGAGAAAGGAGUAUUCAGGAAGGGACAGCCUACCGAUUAUAUCAGCCUCUCAACACGCUAUGAUUACAUCGAGUACAACCCAGAGGACAAGACCCAGAAAGAGUUAGAGAGGUAUAUAUCACAGGUGUAUGCUGAUGAUGACGUCAAGGAGUAUGUUAUGAACAUCCUCGGGAUGGCUGCCUGCUGUGGCAAGAUGGAACAGUUUAACAUCUUCUGGGGUGACUCAGGGGCGAAUGGAAAGAGCACAUUUAUGAGCUUGCUUCAAAAGGCAUUUGGAGAUUAUGCCAAGACGUUACCGGUGGCACUCUUCACACAGAAAAGGGCAGCAUCAAAUGCCGCCUGUGCUGAGGUCGAACGAUUGAAGGGCGCGCGAUUGGUUACAACAUCAGAACCAGACGAGGACGACGUCUUCAACGUAGGCAUUGUAAAGGAAUACACAGGCAAUGAUAUGAUAACCGCGAGGGGGUUGUAUAAGACACCGGUUGAGUUUCGGCUUAUGGCCAAGUUCAUACUCUGUUGUAAUAAGUUCCCUAAGCGGCGACAAACCACCGGCCAACAUCAGAAACAAAACUUUUUCAAGAAAGACCCUAACAUCGAUAAAAAGCUUGAAAAGUUCCCUGCCUAUCUUAUGAGUCUCAUCAUCCACAACAUUCAAAAGAUUUAUCCAGAAUUGGAGUUCGAUGUGCCCGAAUCUGUCCAGUACAACACGAACCAAUACCAGAAGGACACCGACCUAUUUAGACAGUUCCUCACCGAGGAGGUGAUAGCAUUGGAUAAGAAAGAUUCUAACAAAAACAACAAGCUCUUGAUUAGUAACCUGUAUUCAAGAUUUAUGAAGUGGUUGAAAUCGAACGCUAGCAUAAGCGUGAAUGUGACGCGUCAGGACGUCAAGAGGAAACUCGAACAAAACGCUUAUGUGAUAUCAAGAGACGAGAAGUAUGUCCUGUAUUGUAAGAUGAGGAUGGAGGAGGAGAGCGACGAGGAAGAUGAUGAACCCUCGAACAACCAGACCGAAACGGAAGACAAUGACAUUGUGGCAGUCUUCCAGCAUUGGCUUAAACAUAAGUUCUUACCAGUUAUCGACAUAACGAACGUCGAUGACAUCCACAACAGGAUACCAACCCAAUAUAUCUAUAGUAUGUUCUUAUCAGAAUACAAUAAACCGGUCUCCAAUAAUGAACAGGCUAUGAUAUACGAUGUGAUGUGUGACUACUUCGAGACCGUCCAUAAUAUCAUCAAGAAGAACGCAAAAAACACUUUCAGGAACCAGGCGAUGUGCCUAUGUGGCAUUAAGAUGAAAUCUUAG